AUGCCUCCCACUUCCACUCCGGUUGGAAAGAAGCAGCAAUCGUUGACUUCAUUCUUCACGCCAAAGCCGGCCUCGAGCCCCCAGCAGCCCGCCUCGACCCAGUCCCCGACUCCCAGCAAGCCGCCUCGAAGUGCUGCACCGGCGGCGGCCCUGCCGGAGCGCAAACGAUCCAUUGACGAGUUCGCCGACAAGGAAAACCAUGAUAUAGACCGAGAACCCAAAAAGGCAAAGACGUCUGUCCUCCCUGACGGCAGAGGUGACGCUCUUCCCGCCGUGCAAACGCCGUCUUCUGCGCGCGCGCAACGCUACACGUACAACACGGCGCCGGCCAGCACAGGCCAGACGGAAGCUGACGUCGAUUCCGAUGACGAGGCAACCAAGAAGAGGCACUCCGAAUUGCACAAAAAGUUUGUCAAGAAGCUUGGCCACCCUGAUGCCCUGAGCUGGAAAUCACGGUUCGCAAAAGACGAUGUAGCGGAAGAUAACGAGGAUGGCGACGCCGAAGGAGACGAGGAUGAGGCCCCAGCGCCCAAGUCCAAAAAGAAGGGUUCGAAAACGGGAAAGCUCACGCCAAUGGAGAUCCAGUUUCUCGAAAUCAAGCGCAAGCACCUCGACACAGUUCUCAUCGUCGAAGUCGGCUACAAGUUCCGCUUCUUUGGUGACGAUGCGCGUAUUGCUGCCAAGGAGCUCAGCAUCGUCUGCAUCCCCGGAAAAAUGCGUUAUGACGAGCACCCCUCGGAAGCCCAUCUCGAGCGAUUCGCCUCCGCCAGCAUACCCGUCCACCGACUCCCCGUGCACGCUCGCCGCCUAGUCGCCGCCGGCCACAAAGUUGGCGUCGUCCGCCAGGUCGAGACAGCAGCGCUGAAAAAGGUCGGCGACAACCGAAACGCGCCGUUUACCCGCAAGCUCACCAACCUAUACACCAAAGGCACCUACAUUGACGAGAAUGGCGACCUGGAGCAGUCAACCAAAGGCGGCAACGCAUCGUCUUCUGGUGGCUACCUCCUCUGCAUCACAGAGUCCAAAGCCAAGGGUUCAGGCACCGACGAAAAAGUCGACGUUGGUGUUCUCGCCGUGCAACCUGCCACGGGCGACAUCAUAUACGACACGUUCGAGGACGGCUUCAUGCGCAGCGAGAUUGAGACGCGGCUGCUACACAUUUCGCCGUGCGAGUUUGUCAUUGUUGGCGAGCUCACCAAGGCCACCGACAAGCUCAUCCAGCAUCUUGCUGGCAGCACCACCAAUGUCUUUGGCGAUCGUAGCCGCGUCGAGCGGGUUCCUCGGUCGCAGACCAUGGCCGCGGAAGCCGCCUCCCAUGUAACCCAGUUCUACGCCGAGAAGCUAAAAGAAGCCACCUCUUCCCAGAAUGAGCAAUCCUCUUCGCUGCUGGAAAAGGUGCUCCAGCUGCCGGAGCCCGUCACAAUCUGCCUCUCCGCCAUGAUUACACACUUGACCGAGUACGGCCUCGAGCACAUCUUUGAUCUCACAAAAUACUUUGAGAGCUUCAGCACGCGCUCGCACAUGCUCGUCAACGGCACCACGCUCGAGUCCCUCGAGGUGUACCGCAACUCGACCGACCACGCCGAGCGCGGCAGCCUCUUCUGGGCCAUUGACAAGACGCGCACGCGCUUCGGCCGCCGCCUGUUGCGCAAGUGGAUCGGCCGGCCGCUCCUCAACCAGACGCACCUCGAGGCGCGCCUCGCCGCCGUGCAGGAGCUCCACGACAAGCAGUCGACGGCGCCCGUGGACGAUCUGGCGCACCUCCUGGCCAAGACGCGGACGGACCUCGAGCGCAGCCUUAUCCGCAUCUACUACGGCAAGUGCACGCGGCCGGAGCUGCUCUCCGUGCUGCAGGCCCUGCAGCAGGUCUCGAGCCACUACGUCCGCGUCAAGGACGCCGAGGACGUGGCGUUUGACGCGCCGCUCCUCGUCGACGCCGUCCUCGCGCUGCCGCAGAUUCUCGACCUCGUCGUCUCGUACCUCGAGCGCAUCAACCUCGAGGCCGCGCGCAAGGACGACAAGUACGAGUUCUUUCGCGACGAGCACCAGACCGACGACAUGCAGGACCACCAGAUGGGCAUCGCCCACGUCGAGCACCAGCUCGACCAGCACCGCGCCGCCGCCGCCGACAAGCUCCGCCGCGGCAAGCCCGUCGACUACGUCACCGUCGCCGGCAUCGAGUACCUCAUCGAGGUUCCCAACACGGACAUCAAAAACGUGCCCGCCUCCUGGGCCAAGAUAUCCGGCACAAAAAAGGUUUCGCGCUUCCACACGCCCGACGUCAUCCAGCUCAUCGCCGAGCGCGACCAGCACCGCGAGGCCCUCGCCGCUGCCUGCGACGCCGCCUUCAAGGCCCUCCUCGCCUCCAUCGCCGCUGAGUACCAGCCGCUCCGCGACGCCAUCUCUGCCCUCGCCACGCUCGACUGCCUGCUCUCCCUCGCCAAGGUCGCCGCGCAGCCGGGCUACACCCGCCCGGAGCUCCUGCCCUCCUCCUCGCCCCCCACGGUCAGCAUCACCCACGGCCGCCACCCCAUUGCCGAGCAGACGCUCGCCGGCGGCUACAUUCCCUUUUCCACCACGCUCGCGCACCCCGCUCCCCUCGCGCACCUCGUCACGGGGCCCAACAUGGGCGGCAAGUCAUCCUUCGUGCGCGCCCUUUCCCUCAUCGUCCUGCUCGCCCAGGUCGGCUCCUUUGUGCCCGCCGACGCCCUCCGCAUGACGCUCUGCGACGCCAUCCACACCCGCACCGGCGCUCGCGACAACCUCUUCGCCAGCGAGUCCACCUUCAUGGUUGAGGUCUCCGAGACGGCCCGCAUCCUGCGCUCCGCCACGCCCCGCAGCCUCGUCAUCCUCGACGAGCUCGGCCGCGGCACCAGCACCCACGACGGCGCCGCCAUUGCCCAGGCCGUCCUGCACCAUGUCGUGACCGAGACGCGCUGCCUGACACUCUUCAUCACCCAUUACCAGAACCUGGCGCGCGUAGCGGAUGGUCUCGACGGACUGACGAAUGUGCACAUGAAGUUCAAGGCCGACAAAGGCCCAGAUGGGGAGGAAGAAAUCACUUUCCUGUACGAGGUUGGGGAAGGUGUGGCGCACCGAUCAUACGGACUCAAUGUAGCCCGGCUGGCGCACAUUCCCAAAAAGGUUAUUGAUGUAGCGGCGGAGAGGUCGAGUGCCAUGGAAAGCGAGAUGCGCACGCGACGCCUCAAGGGUGCCUGUCGCAUGUUGGGCGAUGUCAUCGGCGACAGCCCAGAUCAACUCGACAAUCUCAUUGCUAGCAUUGAUCAGCUGUAA